AUGGACCGCGAUGCAUUCUUCAACAUCGUGGCACGGCCUCACUUAGCGGGCGCGGUUCGGGAACUUGUCUGGUACGAACUCGCCAAUGACAUACCAUCUUGGUCCACCCCUUCUACUCCGAUCGAAGACGACUCCGACUCCUCCAAUUAUUACGAAGGCCUAGAUGAAGACGCAGAUUUCUACUCCGAACUCAAGUUGCAGAUACUGGAUCUCUUCUGGUUUUCUCUACAGAUCGCCCACUCUGGAGAGAAGCCUGGCAUGUCGAUCGUAGACGAGAUGCCAAAGCUAGACGAGUUUAUGACGCAGUUCUAG